UGCGCGAACGGUUGACGCUGAGGCAGAGAGGAAUCUUCGCGCGGUCAACUCCAGCACUGAUUUCCACUACAACUAAAGGUGUGUAAAACCGUCGAGGUUGGAAGUGCAAUGGCGUCCUCUGGAGAUAUUCAGGUUAAGGAACUGGACAAGCGUGCCUCAGGACAGGCUUUUGAAGUCAUCCUGAGUCCUUCGGCUCCAGAUGCCAAGGGAGAAUUCCCACUUUCCACCCCCAAGAAGAAGGAGGUAUCUCUGGACGAGAUCCAGAAAAAACUGGAAGCGGCAGAGGAGAGACGCAAGAACCAUGAGGCAGAGGUCCUGAAGCACUUAGCUGAGAAACGAGAGCAUGAGAAGGAGGUCCUUCAGAAAGCAAUGGAGGAGAACAACAACUUCAGCAAGAUGGCAGAGGAGAAACUUAACCAGAAAAUGGAAGCCAACAAAGAAAACCGCACAGCACGCAUGGCAGCUAUGAAUGAGAAAUUCAAAGAGAAGGACAAGAAGCUCGAAGAGGUACGAAAGAACAAAGAAACAAAAGAGGGGGCAGAGGGUGAAAACUAAGUUUCCGCUCUAAUUUUCCUUUUCAUUUAGGGUAUAGUAUUGGGUUUUUUAAUGUAUCCAAAGAUUUAUUUUUUGUUCCAUUAAAUGGCCAGUUUUCCAUGUUUGGAUCCAUGUACUUGCCACGUUUUUAUUAAGGGGUUUUGGGGGAAAGCCGGUGCACAACAUUUCAUCAGUUUAUGUGUAUUCAGUUCUGUCUUUCACCAUCCCAUCUAACCUGUAGAUUUGUCCAGUUGCAGCUCUAUAGUGUUUAAAAUGAGCAGUGUUUUACUGAUAGGGAAGCAUGCCUGUGUUAUGCAUAGGUCUAAUAUAUACUUGGUAUACUGCAUUGUGCAAGUCCACCUGUUCCCUUGUAUAUCAGUACUGCCAUCCUAUGAGCUUAAUAAAGUUGCACAGUUGUUUGUUAUUGUA